AUAUGUCACUUCCCAUGUUGACAUCUUGACUUCGAGUAGGAAAAGAGCGCUCGUGACGGGCCGUAUACGAUGAAGGACCGGUGAUAGUUGCCAUUUGGGCUACAGAAGACAAGAAAAAAUGGAUCUGAAAAGGACUAUGGCUGUAAUCUUAGUGAUAUUUGUUUUAUUAGGCAUUACCGUGGCGUUGGUGGCGAAUGACAGCUGCAAACAAAUGUCAACCUGUAGAUGCCAGUUCGACGGUGGACAAGAAAUUAAUUUGAUGAAGGUAGCUGCCGGUCCCCUUGAUGCACCGAGGUUUAAGGAACUGACUGCUAGUAAUAAAUCGGAUACAAGUCUAUAUUCAUAUAAUCCAUGCUACAGUUAUGUCUUCCCACCUGAUGGUCAAGAAAUGUCAUGUGGCAAAGAUGUGGCUGUGUGUCAGUCCAGUACCUCAGGUCCUAUCAAUGUUGGGAAACAGAGUCUUGCAAAAUUUCAUUUUGAUAAUUCAACAGACCAGUGGAUACUGUCAUAUUAUAAUGACAUUGGAGAUAGGUUGUCAAAUGUUAUUUUACAGUGCACUGACAAUGACAAUGACGUCCUUGAGGUAUUUGGUGAAACAACAGGCCAACAUAGGAGUGUAUUUAACAUGACCCUGAAAUCCAAGUGUGCAUGCAUAGGGGGCUGUCUGACUCCUAUCCUACCCCACGGCAUGUCUGUUGGGUCGCUGUUCCUGCUAUUGCUCCUCAUCUUCAUUUGCGUGUACCUGACAGUGGGAUACCUGUACCGUCGAUAUGUUAUAGGUGCACGGGGCAUUGAGUUGCUCCCACACCUUAGCUUUUGGAUGGACUUUCCAUAUCUUGUUCAGGAUGGAUUCUUCUUCCUGCUGUACUGCGGAAGGAGAGAUGUUACUUAUGAAAGAAUAUGAAAUAAAGCUUUAUAUAUCUGGA